AUGGAUCUCCCGCGAGACGUGGAGACGACCAAUCACUCUUUAGAGAUUCCGAUCACCAUGGAUGCUCUCCAGAAGAAACUCUUCGCGGCUCAAGGGUCUCAGCUUCGUCUAUAUGAACAGUACAUGUCUUCGGUUUCAAGAUUGAAGAAGAAAGAUCAAGUCAUCGACCUCGUUAGAUCUGAGGCGAGUAUCAACGCGCAGGCUCUGAAGAAACUCGAUGAAGAGGAUCAGAUACUGAGAGGUGAGUACGAUGAUUUGGUGAAUCAGUGCAAUGAUUUGAAAAGAGAAUGCUUCAUUUAUCAACUAGAUCUUGAAGCAUCGAAGCGUUCUGGGAACAAAUCAGAACAAAGGGCCAGGGAAGCAGAUUCUCGGGCUCGAGUUCUUGAGCAAGAACUGAAACACGUGUAUUCUAUAAUUAAGAAGCAUGAAUCUUUAGUUGAUUCAGUUUUGGCAACGAUCGUUAGUGAAGACGAGACUAAGUUGAGCAAAUGGGAUCAGAAACCGUCAAUGCAAAAGGCUGCGUCUUUGGUUUCAUUGGUGACAGAGAUGCACAACGAAAAACACUUUCUCACCUUGAAGCUGGAUAGAGCGGAGCAAGAAGUGAAACGUGUGAGGGAGCAAAACAGAGAGCUGAAGAAAGAGAACCUCAAGUUGUCGAAGCAGGGUAGGAUGAGUCAUCUUACUUCCAAGAAGAGAAAAGAGAAAGACGCCUAG